AUGGACAGCCAGUCUUCCUUUUCCUCACCGCAGAAGGAUCGACUCCUUCUUGAGGAGUUGGGUAUUUCGGCCACCAAUGACCGAAAUGGGGAUGAGCGAUGGACUAUUUCUCUUGACUUGGGUGCAGGUAUUAGCCAGAGUGCAGUUUUCGACCAUGCAAGUCGCCGUUGGAAACUUGAACAACUACCAGAAAUUAUAGCACCACCUACUAUAUCACAAUCUCUUCUUCAAAAUAAGAGUACGCAUCCGAAAUUGACCAAGAGCCGCGAAAGCACUGUGGGCAGAUCUUGGACAGAUUUUCUUCCACAGAAUGAAAACGUGGACUGGUUUCUAAAUAGCGUCGACUGGUCAUUAACAGAACUGGGCCCUUUGGAAGGAUGGCCUGUCACACUUCAGGCACUUGUCAGCCUGAUCAUGGCUGACAGUAACCCGGCAGUUGUCUACUGGGGUCCCAGCUUGUCCUCUUGUUUCAACCUGAGAGCUUAUCAAGACGUCUCCCAAAGGUUCAAGAAGAGCUCAGGAAUCCAAGGGGUUCCUUUCAAAGAAUGCUGGAAAGAGGUCUGGCCUGACGUCGAAGCGCUUUAUAAUGCCAUGCGGACUUCCACUCAAGGUUCAGAAGUCAUGCAAAUGGCAGUAUUUCCACAACAGGCUAAUGGGCGUCUUGAGGAAACGUUCUGGAUGGGCUGUAUGUUGCCAAUAAUUGGUGAAUUCGGAAGUGCGUCAGGCUUCUACAACCGAGCUGUUGACACGACCAGAGAAACCGUGAAUAAUCGCAGGUCAAGUACACUUUAUUCCCUUGCCUCGCCUUCUAGAGACAAAGGUGAUACCAUAUGGAAGCAUAUUUUUCGGUCUUUACGUGAGAACGAGUACGACUUUCCCAUGGCUUUUGCCUACUCGGCUGAUGACGAGCUUGUCACAUGUAAAUUGACUCUUCAGCAGUCCUUCGGUCUACCACCUGAUGGCCACCAGCUGGUACCAAAUGAGGUCGACAUUUUUGAAGGUUUUAUGGGCUUUCAACCGCUUUAUCGAAAGGUUAGAGAUUUACACGAGGUUUUAGUCCUCCACAAGGCUGAUGGAUCAAUGUCAUCGGAUCUGUUGAAGGGCUUUGAGUGGGGCGGCUAUGGUGAAGAACCAGAUGGGAUCGUCGUGAUGCCAGUUUCAGUGAGCAGCAGGCUGCUAGGCAUUGUGGUCUUUGGUAUUAAUCCUCGAAGGCCAUUUGGCGCGGAAGAUCAAGCUUUUAUCAACACUCUGUGUCGCCAGGUCUCUGCUACUGUUGCAUUUGCCAUUGAUCACAAAGAGGCACAAGAGCGUGCUCAACGGCUGACGUUGGAACUGGCUGAAAAUGAACGGCAUAUUCGAGAGGUUGCUGAGAAUGGAGCUGUUGGGAUGAUACGUGUGACUCCGGAAGGUAACGUCCUGUGGGCAAACAGUCAGUAUUACAAAAUUACAGGUCACUCGGCCGACGAUCAUUAUUCGCAGUCAUUCAUCGACGUUGUUCAUCCUGAGGAUAGAGCCGCUGCCGAGGCCUUCUGGUUGAAAUUGGUCAACAAUCAUGAGUCUGCGGACAGUGAAUUCCGAUUGACUCGCAAAUGGGAACCACCAGUAACUACCGGGAGAGCUUCAAAUGAAGAGGAUCAUGAGUGUUGGAUUAUUGCAAAUGCGUUCCCUGUGCUCGAGGACGGUGUUCUUAAGAGCAUCUCAGCAUGCGUGACUGAAGUCAGUGAGAUCAAGUGGACUCAAAGAGUACACAGUCAAUUAGCUGCGGAAGCAACAAAGGCACGCAAGUUACAAGAAGCCUUCAUCGACCUUGUGUCCCAUGAAAUGAGAAAUCCCUUGUCGGCUAUUACCCAACUCGCCGACGACAUUGCGAGUUCCUUGGAUACCUGGAGCCCGCCUAACCGAACGAGCGAGCGGGCUACUCGAUUACUCAACGAAAAUGUUGAAAGUGGUAAAACAAUACUACUCUGCGCCGCACAUCAGAAACGAAUCAUUGACGAUGUGCUAACACUAUCCAAGCUCGAUUCUCAGUUACUAUCCAUAACACCUGUGGUCACACAGCCCUGUGGGGUCGUUGAUUCUGCCCUCAGAAUGUUCCAAGCAGAGUUUGCUUCGAGCGGGAUUACAAUUGAGAAUACAUUUGAGCAAGCUUAUGAUGACUAUGGAAUAGACUGGGUCUUGCUUGAUCCAGCCCGACUUACCCAAAUAUUGAUCAAUCUGAUUACAAACGCGAUCAAAUUCACUAAGCGCGAAUCCAGGCGUCUCGUCACGAUCAGACAAUCGGUGUUUAUCGACGAUAGACCGCCGUCUUUGGAUGGACUCGUAUGGUUUCCUUCCGAUAAGGAAACCCAGGAUAUUACCAACGCUCCAGAAUGGGGUAAUGGUGAGCAAGUCAAUCUCUUAUUCAUGGUGUCCGACACCGGAAAGGGUCUCCAGCAGGAGGAAAUGAUGCGUUUGUUCCAUCGCUUCCAACAAGCCACAAAGAAGACACACAUCAAAUACGGAGGAUCUGGCCUAGGCCUUUUCAUCUCGCGAGAAUUAACAGAGAUCAUGGGUGGUGAAAUUGGUGUUAUCUCAGCGCCAGGAAAGGGCAGUACUUUUGCAUUCUAUAUCAAAGCACGGCGUGCAGUACCACCGGAUGACCGUGAUCAGAUCAUUUGCCAAUCAGAAUCUCGUGCUAGCUCACGCCGUGCGUCUGAACCUCUUGACAAGAUCAACUGGAUAUCCAGGCAGCUGAGCAACACAGUCAUCACCCCACCCCGACUUUCUGUGCUGCUUGUCGAGGACAACAUUAUCAACGCUCAGGUCUUGAUGAAGCAACUCGAGCGGGCGGGCUGUGUCGUCUAUAUCGCCAACCAUGGCCUAGAGGCCUUGGAUUUCCUUACGAAUUGCAAGGUUUGGCAUCAACCAGCCGAAGACUCGCCUCUAAUCGAGGUCGAUUGUAUCUUGAUGGAUGUCGAGAUGCCUGUCCUCGAUGGCCUGACAUGCACACGAAGAAUCCGCGCACUUGAGGUUCAGGGGUCAUUGCGUCAGCGUAUCAAUAUCAUUGCCAUCACCGCCAACGCACGUGCUGAGCAGAUCGAUGAUGCGUUUGCUGCUGGGGUCGAUGGAAUUCUACCGAAGCCUUUCAGGGUUCUUGACGUGCUUUCCAAGGUGGAAGAGCUCAAGCCGCGGAAGUCUAUCUCUUCUUAA